CAAGCACUAUUGGUAUGCCCACCACUUUACAAUCUGCUAAAGCGGUUACCUCGUGAUGGCUUAACUAGAAGUGAUUCUUCAACUCCUGUCACCGACAGUUUAAUAUGUUUCAUGAACGAGUUUCCUCCCAUGCCAUAUGGAAGCAAGAGGAAAAGAAAAGAAGAUCUCAGUUUUGGAAAACCCUUUGAACCAAGCUAUGUCUAUUCUUUGGUCAGUCUUCUGAAUUCAACCCAUAUUGAGGGAUGUCUGGAAGAUGCAGAAGAUGUUCUGAAUUUUCUGCUUUGUGGCCUUCAUGAAGAGUUGGGUGCUGUGAUUAAUGCCUUCAGAAAUACAGCAAAAGAAAAUUCCAAUGUCUGUGAAGCCAUCCUGACAAAUGGACAUGUGACAGAAGACCAAGAACACGACCCUAAUACCAAAAGCAAUGUUAUUAAAUCGAGCCACUCCUUUCAUUCUCCCAUCUCUGAUAUAUUUGGUGGACAAAUAACGUCUACAAUGACUGUGGGAAAUGAAACAUCCACAAGUUCACAUCAUUUCUUCACUCUCACUGUAGACAUUCAGGCUGAAGAUGUUUGUCAAGUGAAUGAUGCUUUGGCCUACAUAACUCCGAAAGAACUAGCCCAUGACUUCACUCCAACAGAUAGUAAAGGAGGGGUUGAAGCAUUUCACAAAGUAGUUUUGAAAGUACUUCCUUUGGUUCUUGUGCUUCACAUCAAAAGAUUUGUGAAAGAAAAAGGAGCUAAACCCAGGAAAGUUUUCAACGAUAUUGAGUUCUCUAUAGAUUUAGAAAUUCCAGAAGAAUUCCUGUCACAAGAUAUACGAAGGAAGUACAGCCCUCGAGCUCUGAGGUCCUAUAAACUGUUUGCUGUGGUAUGUCAUGAAGGAAAAGAUUUAGCCACUGGACAUUAUAUUACUGAUGUCUACCAUGUCGGCAGUAGCAGUUGGCUUCGCUGUGAUGAUAGCACCAUUACCGUUAUCACUGAGUCCAAUCUCCUCUCUCACUGUCCGCAAAGAGUUCCAUACUUACUCUUUUAUCGAAGAUUAGACACACUUUAUCCAUCAAAGUAAAUUUUAUCUGGCUGCAGUAUAAGUUGUCUUCCUGUAUUUGAUAUACUUGAAUGUUCAGUUAUUGGUGGUGAUUUUCACUAAUAUGCUGCUAGAACACCAACAAUUGAUCUAUGUAUGUGCAUGUCUUAGAACACUGAGAAGAAGAGAACAAGGAACAUUUUAUAAUAAAUGAUAGUGUGAAAUGGUGCAGCAGUUAUAAGGUUUUUAUGUGUGCAUGUAUUAUUAGAUAUAAAUAUAUAUAUCAGACAGCCAUCCAAGAAGAAUGAAUUAAGUUGCAUGUUUUAAUAUACAAAAAUGGUGCAUCACAAGAUCAUUCAGACUGACCAGAAGAUGGAGUGUCUGCAACUCUCUGCUGCAAAGACUGCUUUUGAGUAUUCUGAUUUCAAUAACAUGUGCAUAAUUUGUAAAAAUUGUACAGUAUUACAAAAACACUUUUAGUUACUUGGACGGAUAUAUUGUUUUUUAAUUAGAAGUCUCUCAUCUUUGUCUUCUGUUUUUUUUAACACAUUUUUAAUUUCAUUGUCAACAAUAUAAUCAUCAUGUUGCAGUUUAGUGAAAUUUUUUUCUUUGCAAAAUGUCAAACAUCUUUACUUAUAAAUCAAAAUGUUGAAUAGUUUUACUGAAUUAUAAAAAGUAUUUUCCCUCUAUCUACUUUUUAUAGUGUUUGUAAUUAUUUCUGAAGUUCUGUAAUGCUAAAACUUAAACCUUAAUUUUGUGUUACCAUUUACUUCUACUAAUAAACUUGCUGCACUGAAUUAAUAAUGCUCAAAGUUGGUGUGAUUAAAUGUACAAAAGAUUUGUUGGAGUAAGAUGUUACACAAAAUUAAAAAAAGGGUCAUUUCACUAGUGAGAUGAGAAAGUUCAUCAUUUUGGGUGGGCAUAGUUUAACUUAAUGAAGGUUUUUUUACUCUUGUUGAAGUAUUGGUUCACACAGUAAGAGGAGUUUUAGCUGUAUAGUGUAUAACAGCUGCCAAACCUGUCUGAUUAACUGACUUUGUUGGAUUGAAAGUGUUACGAUACACUGUAAUGUUUGGAAAUGUAGGCUUAAUCUCCUGCUACCAUGUUGAAAAUUUUGGCCAGAUGGCUCACAACAAUGUUGAAAGUGUUGGCAAUACAGCUAACCACCAUUUGGAAAGUGUUGGCCCGAUGGCUCGCCACCAGGUCGAAAGUAUUGAUCUGAUGGCUCACUACCAGGUUGAAAGUGUUGGCUUGAUGGUUUACCAUUGUGUUAAGAUGCUGGCUUGGUGACUUGAUGGUUAACCACCAUGUGUUAAAAAAAAUUGUUGGUCUUCACCACCUUGUUGAGUGAUGAUGAGUUUUAUAACCAUUAAGGGAAAGAAUUACUUGUCCCUUUGUUGAGUGAGAAGUUUUGACCUGGUGGCUUACUACUGUAAUGGAAUAAAAAGGUGAACCUGAAUAUCUUAUACUGCAUUUGUCUUUAUAAACCCUUUACAAUUUAUUUUUAUUUGAUAAUUUUCAGCUAUUUGAGAUUGUUUUUAUAAUUAAAUGGUUGUUCUAGAAAUCAGGAUAAACUCAAAAUUGAUCUCGCAGCAAUUUUGUUUGUAUAGCAUAAUUUGUCAUUAUAUAGUUUUUUCUUUCAUGAAAUGUCUUAUUCCAUUAAGAGUUAAAGUUAAUUACCAUUUAGUUCUCUUCUGUAUAAUUGAUCUUUUCAGGUGCCACUUGAUUAACUGUCAAAAGAAUGUAUAAGUAUCUAAUCUGUAAUCUUCAUUGUAUUUCUCACACAUACACACACACGUAUAUAUAUCAAUAAACAAGUUGUUUGAAAUAUUUAGUUGUAACUUUGAAAUGUCUGUUGAACGUGUAAGUUGUGUUGUAAUGUUUGUUCAUUAUGUCCUUUAGAUUGUUUAAUUUAAGGCCCUUAUUUAGAUCAUGCUGUAAAAUGUUCACUGAAGCCAUUUUCAAUGUUUAUUUUUUAAGUAUAUUAGAAUACACACCAUUAAAUUCAGUUAUUGCCUAAUAUAUUGAGUAUAGUGUUUGUCUUCCAAGAACGUUUGUUGUGCAUAUAUUAGAUUCCAAACAGUUAAAUCGUGGUAUAUAUUAAAGAGAUUGUAUGUUCAUUAUGCUAUUAAUAUUUUAGAUUAAUGUCUGUUGGGGCUCAAAUUAGACGAUUUUUACUCUUUCAUUGUAGCAGUGUUUUUGUGAAAACCUUAUAAAUCCUUAAAAGGGUUCCUUCAACUUUUAGGAUUUUUAGUUAUCAAAUUUUGCUUACUGCUUAAAAGUAAUAUGGGUGAUAGAAAUAAUCACUUAGUGCUUGGUUAAAAAUAUGCAAAGCAUAAUAGUUUAGUACUUUAAAGCACAAUACAUGUUAAACAACUGACUUGGUACUCAGGUUUUAUACAGAGUGAUUGAUAUAUGUGGUGAGAUACUAAUUUUCAAUGUUUAUUUUAAUGUGUUACAGUCAAUAUACAACAAUGUUAAAUAUAGGUUUUGUUUUGCUUUUAGACUUUUUUCAGAUAAUGAUAUUUUAAAGUUUGCUAAUUGAUUGAAUAAAUAGAUUAAUAGCAGUUAUUUUGUUUCUUAACACUGUAUGAAUAGUGAAUGUAUUUUUAUGGAAAUAUGUAUUUAUUUUUUACUUGUGUUUUAGUCUUUGUUGGUACAUUAGGGUAAAGAGUUUAGUCAAUUCUGCCUGUUCUUGCUGUAGUUUUAAGUUUGUGUCACAAAGAAUGUUUGUCAUUGAAUAGUUGCUUUGAAGCUUAAAAAUAUCAAUGCACAAUGUUAAACAUAGGUUCAUGUGUAUUUUGUACUUUAAUUAUUGUGUUAAUAAAUGGGGUUAUAUUAUGUAUUAUUUUUAGUUAGUGUUGUUUUGACGUUGACUAGUUCCGACAAGGUUCUAGUCAUAUAAUACUAUCAAGUUAAGUAUGCUACCAAAAAUAUAAGAAAGGUGGUUUCACUUUAAUUGUGGUAAGUUGUUCAUAGGAUUGAUAAUGGAGAUGAACAUAAUUAAAACUGUAGAUUACAACUGAUAGUAGUUAAGUAAAACUUUGGGUAUAUAUUUAAUCAAAUAAUUUUAAGAUUUCUGUUCAUCUCUUGACACUGAUAUAUCUGAAAUUUGAAAGAGUGUUGGCUUUCCUUCUAUGAUAUCAGUGUCAGUAUUAAGUCUUUGUAGAUAAGUUUAACAAAAGAUAAUGCAACCCUUAAUUGUACUAUUAGUUGUUAUAUUGUUUCAAUUUAAUGCUUGAUUUAGUGGUGUAUAAUUCUUUUUAAUGCUUUGUAUGUAUUGCUUAAAGAUAACUAAUUUUUUAAUGUGAAAAUUGUAUUAUUAAAUAUUGAUAAUUGAUAUCAUUAUUUAAAUCAAAAACAUCACUGAAUUUUAAACACAACUUGUGUAUUUAUGUACAGUUAAAAUGAUUAAUCGGGAUCUUUUUGAAUUGAUUUUCAUAACACAAAAUUGUUUUGCUUAAAAGACUUGGAUGAAAGACAUUGAGUAGAAACAAAACCAGUUAUAUUGGUAUUUUGUUGUUGAUCUUUCAGUUUUCCAGUAUACAUUCAAGAAGUGUGAAUAUGGAUUUUAUAUUGUUCCAUGUUUCUUUUUUUGCAUGAAGAAUAAAGUAUUAAACAUUUGUCUGGGUUACUGUUACAGUAGUUAAGAUUUAGCUCAAAACAGAAAUGUAUUUCCAAAACCAACCAUAUAUUUCUAUUGGUUAAAAAUAAAAAGAUUUUACUAAAUUGAUUAAGUUUAAACUGAUACAAUUUUUAUAUAGAAUUUCACAUUGUGCAAGAUAAUUAUAAGUACAUUUUUCUUU